GUCUUCCAACCAGCAGGUGGCAGCAGUGGCGGAAAUUAACCCGGAAGUGUCUCUGAGAGAAUUACCAGCAUCGUAGCAUUUGUUUUCCUCCCAUUCAACAUGAAUCCUCUGACGAAGGUGAAGCUGAUCAACGAGCUGAACGACCGCGAGGCGAGUCUCGGGGUCAACGAGUCGGUGUCGUGGCACACGGAGUACAAGGACAGCGCCUGGGUGUUCGUGGGAGGAUUUCCCUACGAGCUGACCGAAGGAGACAUCAUCUGCGUCUUCUCUCAGUACGGAGAGAUCGUGAACAUUAAUCUGGUUCGGGACCAGAAGACGGGGAAAUCCAAAGGUUUCUGCUUCAUCUGCUUCGAGGACCAGAGGAGCACCAUCCUCGCUGUGGACAACUUCAACGGCAUCAAGAUCAAAGGGCGUACAAUCCGCGUCGACCACGUGAAAGACUACCGGCCCCCCAAAGACUCGGAGGACAUGGACGACAUCACCAAGAGUCUGAGGGAGCAAGGCUGCGCGCCCACAUUAGUGGAGGUCCCCCCCCCCUCCUCUUCUUCAGAGGAAGAGGAAGAGGAGCAGUACCACAUCCCUGUGAAGAAGGCUAAGAAAGAAAAGAAAGAGAAAAAGAAGAAGAAGAAAGAGAAGAAGGAGAAAAAGGAGAAGAAAGACAAGAAGAAGAGGCUCUCCCCCUCUUCCUCUUCCUCUUCCUCACCUCCUCCCGCCGCCAUCAGAGUCAAAGAAGAGAGAGAGGACGCCGCCUACGAGAAAUACAACCAGAGAGAGGGCGAGAGAAAGAGAGAGGGUGAAAGAGAGAGGGAGAGAAGGGGGGAGGGCGAGAGAGAGAGGGAGGGGGAGAGACAGAGAGAGGGUGAGAGAGAGAGAAGGGGGGAGGGGGAGAGAGAGAGGGAGGGGGAGCGAGAGAGGGAGAGAAGGGGGGAGGUUGAGAGAAAAAGAGAGGGAGAGAGAAAGCGAGAGGGAGAAAGAGAGGGAGACAGGAGGAGGGAGGGCGAGAGAGACCACAAGAUGAAAAGGGAGUUUGACUGCGACCGAGAAAACGACAGAAGAAGAGAAACGGAGAGAGAGAGGGAGGGAGAUAGGAGGAGGGAGGGCGAGAGACAGGGAGACAGGGAGAAUGAGAGAAGAAGAGAGGGAGACAGGGAGAGAGAGAACGAGAGAAGAAGAGAGGACAGACGUAAACACUGAAGUGGAGAUGGAGAAAAGUAGGGAGGCCUGGAGGGGCUGUUGUUACUUGUGGAAGAGUGUCGCCCUCUAGAGGCUGCAGUGUGCAUUACACCCAGAUCACUGAUUUCUGAUUUCCUCUGAGCUUCAGUCACACAAUUAAAGUUAAAUGUUGUAUUCUUUCAGUUUUUGUAAUAAAAGAAAAAAAAACGUC